AUUGAUUUUCGCUCUCAGCAUAACAUAUUCAGUUGAAAGCAAUUCGAAAAAUUUUCUUUUAAAUCGACGUAACGUGUUGUUAAAUUUUGAGCAGUAUUAAAAUGGGUGCGGCGUUCUUUCCUGUGCUAUUUUUCACGGCCGUGUGGGGUUCUGUGGGCAUAGGACUGCCCAUUAUGACUCCAAAAGGACCUCAUCAAAACCUGAUUAGGUGUAUCUUAAUGUUGACUGCCGCCUGCUGCUGGCUCUUUUGGCUGUGCUGUUACAUGGCUCAGAUGAAUCCUUUAAUUGGUCCGAAGUUGAAGCGUCAUGUCAUCGCCGAGAUUGCCAGAUCUUGGAGCAACAAGCUAGUGGAGGGCUAAGGCGACGUCUUCCAAUAAUCAUAUAGCUAUAUUUUUCAUUUGAUGUUAUCUCAAAUAUGUGUAUAAUGUAUAAAUCAAUAAAUAAUAUAACCCAUGUUCAU